GAUGAAGAAGAGGAGGAGAAGAUUGGGAAAUCUGUUUCUCAUGGAGACCAUGUUGAGACAUUCUCUACAUCCAGAGAGCAACAGCAGGAAGAUCACAGAGCUAAGAGGUCUCACCACUGCCCACAUUGUGAGGAGAUUUUCCCAUUUCUAUCAAAGCUAAAAAUACACCUAAAAAUACACACAAUAGAGAAUCGGUAUUCCUGUACUGACUGUAGGAAGAAUUUCACAACAUCAAAGGCUCUGACAGUUCAUCAGAGAGUACACAGAGGAGAGAAGCCAUAUUCCUGCUCUGACUGUGUAAAAUGCUUCACAACAUCAACUGAGCUAAAAGUUCACCAGAGAACACACACAGGAGAGAAGCCUUACUCCUGCUCUGAUUGUGUAAAGAGUUUCUCUCAACUAGGCACCUUAAAACACCAUGAACGUAUACACACAGGAAAGAAGCCUUACUCCUGCUCUGACUGUGGAAAGAGUUUCUCUGUACUGGAACACUUGAAAGCACAUGAACGUAUACAUACAGGUGAGAAGCCUUACUCCUGCUCUGAAUGUGUUAAAUGCUUCACAACAUCAACUGGGCUAAAAGUUCAUCAGAGAACACAUACAGGAGAGAAGCCUUACUCCUGCUCUGAUUGUGUAAAAUGUUUCACAACAUCAUCUAGGCUAAAAGUUCAUCGGAGAACCCAUACAGGAGAGAAGCCUUACUUCUGCUCUGACUGUGCUGUGAGUUUCUCUCUACUGAGCCACUUAAAACGACAUACACAUAUACACACAGGAGAAAAGCCUUACUCCUGCUCUGACUGUGGAACGAGUUUCUCUCUACUGAGCCACUUAAAACGACAUACACAUAUACACACAGGAGAGAAGCCUUACUCCUGCUCUGACUGUGGAAAGAGUUUCUCUGUACUGGGUCACUUAAAAAGACACCGACAUGUACAUACGGGAGAGAAGCCUUAUUCCUGCUCUGACUGUGUAAAAUGCUUCACAACAUCAACUGAGCUAAAAGUUCAUCAGAGAACACACACAGGAGAGAAGCCUUACUCUUGCUCUGAUUGUGAAAAAUGCUUCACAACAUCAACUGGGCUAAAAGUUCACCAGAGAAAACACACAGGAGAGAAGCCUUACUUCUGCUCUGAUUGUGUAAAAUUCUUCACAACAUCAACUGGGCUAAAAGUUCAUCUGAGAACACACACAGGAGAGAAACCUUACUCCUGCUCUGACUGUGGAAAGGGACUCGAAUGGGUCAGUUAAGAAGACACCAACGUAAACAUAAAGGAAAUAGACCCCAAAACUACUAAAGUAGUUCUUUAAAGAUUUUUUUGCUUUAGUGCUUUACACCACUGCAUGCAUCCAUGCCGUGUGUCAGCAUUGCAGGCUGGUGGUGUGAUGGCUGGGGUGUGUUUUCAGGGCACACAUUGGGCCCCUUGAUAAAAGAUGAACAACAUUUGAAUGCCACAGGAUAUCUAAACAUCAUUGCCAAUCAGGUGCAUCCCUUCAUGGCAGUAGUGUAUCCAUCUGCAAAUAGAUUUCUUCAGCAGGAUUAUGCCACAAGGCUUGUCCAGGAAUGGUUCCAAGAACAUGACAGUGAAUUCAGUUUACUGCAGUGGCCUGACGAGUCACCAGAUCUCAAUCCAAUUGUGCAUCUCUGGGAGGAGAUGGAAGGAGCUAUUCGGAGUAGAUAUCAUUUCCCAGCCAACUUGACACAAUUGUGGGAAGCAUUGGAGUCAACAUGGGCCAGCAUCCCUGUGGAACGCUUUCAACAACUUGGACAGUCUGUGUCCUGAUGCAUUGAGGCUGUUCUGAGGACAAAGGGGGGUGCAACUCAAUAUUAUGAAGGUGUUCGUAAUGUCAGAAAAGAUGGUGUGAUGAUCAGUUUUUAGCAUUAAUUUGAGUGGAUUGUUUUAUAUUACUAAACAACUUUUGUUGAAUGAUAAACAGUAAUCAACUACUUGUGUUUCUUAAAUUGUAUUUUAAUAUUGUAUUCAUUAUUGUAGUCAUUGAUGAUGAAUGUAUUUGAAUAACUGUGUUGAAGUUAAUUGAUCUGGCGGCAGGUAGAAAUGAGUAAAAAUAAAGAAAAACCCUUGACUGAGUGGGUGUGUCUUACCCCAAUACACUGUACACA